GAUCGUAAACAAUGUCACUGGUGCUCGGCGGGUCUCGUUUCACAGCAAAUGGAAUCCGAAGGGCAAGAACCUUCCAUUACUUCUGGUGUCAAAAUUGCCGACAUAUUGUGAGGAUUCCCUCCACAAACCUAUACGAAAUAUGUCCCCAAUGCUUCCAUGAGUUAUAUCUUCAGCUGGAGGUGUCAAUGCAUAGGCUUGUCACUGAUUCCAGGGGCCCAGAACCCUCCCCUGCGACUCGCCUACUUGACCCAUCUACGAGGCAUAGUCCAAAUACUGGUUUUGAUCGGAGAUUUGAAUGGUUAUCAGAAGUUGAAGAUGAGCCGGUUCAGCAAGCUUGGAUUACCCUUGAAUUCGUCCGACCGCCUCGUCCUCCAAGACCCAUUUCGCCAGCAGAAAAUAUGUUUGUCCGGGACAAUAACGUUAGCGAUGCCAUGUCUGGGGACGCGCUAUUGGAGUUCACUGAAGGGAUGGUUUGGCAGAAUGACUGGCCAGGACCUCCUCCCACCGCCGCUUCAGCCAUUGAAGCCUUGCCAAGGGUGAAACUCACGCAAAAGCAUUUGGACAACGACCCGAGUUGCCCAGUAUGCAAGGAAGAGUUUGAUCUUGGUGGAGAAGUCAGAUUGAUGCCGUGCAAGCAUUUCUAUCACUCUGAUUGCAUUGUCCCUUGGCUGCGGAUCCACAACACUUGCCCUGUUUGCCGCUAUGAGCUGCAAGACGAUUCCAACAACGAUCUUGAAGACACAGAUGAUGAAGAUUUUCGCUUUGAAGACGUGCCAGAUUGGUUGAACUGGUUAUGGAGUCGGCUGUUCUCUCUGUGGCCUUUCCGUUUAGUGUUGGAUUUGUCACAUCGCUACCUUGAUUUCGAAGAUGCUAGCUCAGCCUCUCAUGAUGGGGGUAGCUCCUGGUGGCGCUCUUGGCUCAUUCUAUAGCCUUGUUUAUAUCACUGCCGGUGCUAAAAACGGUUUGUGUGAGGCUCUAUAAUUUACAAUUAUGUUGCUUUUAAGACAGGUAAAAAUAUUAACUUUGGUAAUGAUUAACAAGAUAUAACAGAGGAAAAGACGAUGAAGCUUGGCAGGUAAAUGUUCUGUUCUUUAACUAAAUCAUCCUAAUGAUUUCAUUUUCCCAAUAUUUCUAACAUAAUUUAUUCGAUUUUUGGAAACUGAUCGAUCUAUACCAGUGAUGUAGGACGUCAAAAUUGUUUCAUUUAAACAAUUUUCGCAUGUUCAUUAUGUUAAAAUGUCACUUAUUAUUGUUUCUUGAUCUUGACAUCAUGUUAUCUGCAAUCUAUUUAACACCUUUUUUCCCCUCCCUCUGACCAUGUUGCAGUUUCUGAUUUUCAUGAAGGUAAUUUUAGCUUUGAGACCUUCAUUAACUUGAUGGAUUUAGUUUCAGGAACGGUCGUGUGCCUUGCAUAAUAAACUAUCGUGGAUUCAAUCUCGAGUGGA